AUGUACUUUGAUGUGAAUGUUGACGCGAGAUAUUGCAGUGAUGAAGCAAAAGCUCUGUUGGAGAAUGAAUGCGAUGGGCUGUGCUUUAACAGUGUGGCUAAUGCGAAUGAAGUGAUGCAGAUGAAGCUGCAUGAUGCAUUAGAAUUGGAAGGCAAGCAAGUAUUCAGAAGAGUUGAAAUAAAGUACUUGAGAGUGGAGGAGCUGCCCAGUAUGGAAGAGAUGGAAGCGAUUCGUAAGGCAAGGAGGUGUAUGGUUGCAGUGCUAAUGAAUGAAUCGAGAGACUUUGAGGUGAUUAUGCAAAUUGAACCUGAUAUUAUUACAUUUGACUUUUCGAAGAGAGCAUGCUUUCCAGACAGGAUGGCUGAUGAGGCAGCGAAGAGGAAUGUAUUUUUUGAGAUCCGGACAGUGGAUGGGCUGUACAGGAGGAAAGAAAAGGCUAUGUGGAUGAGGAAUGCCAGGAAGCUUCUUGCUGUUACAAAAGGCGUUAAUGUAGUGAUUUCUAGUGGAGCAGCAUGCUGUACGGAGGUAAAAAGGCCUUUUGAGUUUAUGAGUGUGUUGCAAGGGAUUGGAGCGGAUGGGAAAUGUGCAAAGCAGGUGGUGAUGAACUCUGCAAGGUUGAUGAGAUCGUGCAGGGUCUGGAGUGUGGUGAAACAAGGAUGA